AUGGCAGACUCUGAUCUGGAAGAUGAUUCGUACAGAGUGGAUAAGGAGGAGCGGCAUCGGCAAGCGGCGACCGCAACUGCCUGGGCAUCCGUGUCCUUGAUCACCGGGGUAGUAUUGGUCUAUACUGCCAUGUCGGGUUCGAAGUCCGAAGCCAUCUAUUUGAUGGACAAGGUGGUACGCUUCGACACAGCAGGGCCGUACGGCGAGGAUCUUGAAGGGGCGUCCCAAGUGCUGACAGCUCUGAUGCUGGUGCGCAUCAUGCUUUUUGUGGGCUUGGCGGUGGUCGUGACCAGCCUCAUCGGCAUCACUGCAAGCACUGGCAAGCAUAAAUGCCUCGCCGCCACGUACGGCUCCCUCUCUGUGGCUUGUGCCGGCGUGAUGCUGGUGUUGGCCAUGCAAGUGCUGCAGCGGAUAUGGGUGGUGACGCCUCUGGUAGAAAGACAGGUGGACCAUCUUUGCAAUGCAAGCAUCUACCUUCAGCCGGGGCUGCAGGGGGAGGGCUUAUGGCAGUUCUGGGGGGUUGGGCUGACCGCCCGCAGGUGA